CAAAAAAAACAAUUUGAAUGAUUAUACUAGUUUUCGUUUCCGUGGUUUGACCGCUACCUCUCUUCCUAAAUCCUACCCUUUUUUAAUUCCUUCCUUCCUUCCUUCCUUUCCCAUUUUAUAUUUCCGCAGCCAUCUUCCAAUACUCACACCAUUUCUUCUCAAUCUCAUAACAAACAAAAACACAGAAAUAAAUAGCAUAGCCUCUGUGUUUCUAUGACUCUCUCUGUCACACACAGUCUGUUUAUUUCAUAGCCUGAGCUUUCUUGUUUUUCUUUCUCUUUCACUUCAAUACUAGUAAAUCAUCACCUUUUCCAACACAUACACACUCUUAUUUUUUAUUUUCACUUCUCAGUUCUCAUCAAUCUCAAUCUCAACAACAUGAGUUCUGAUCAACGAGGAGAUGACAACCUUCAGAUCCAUCAAACUCGACGAUUACCCGAUUUUCUCCAAACCGUAAAUCUCAAAUACGUCAAACUAGGUUACCAUUACCUAAUCACACACCUCUUAACUCUCUGCCUAAUCCCCCUAAUGUCCAUCAUCAUAAUCCAAGUCUCCCAAAUGAACCCCCAAGACCUCCACCAUCUCUGGCUCCACCUCAAAUACAAUCUCGUCUGCGUCAUUACUUGCUCCGCUAUUCUCGUUUUCGGAUCCACCGUUUACAUCAUGACCCGACCCAGAUCCAUUUACCUUGUCGACUACUCUUGCUACAAACCCCCUUCCAAUCUCACCGUUAAAUCCACCAAGUUCAUCCAACACUCCAAACUCAAAGGCGAUUUCGACGAUUCGUCUUUGGAGUUUCAGCGCAAGAUUCUAGAACGUUCUGGCCUCGGCGAAGAAACCUAUCUCCCUGAAGCUAUGCAUAGGAUUCCACCCACUCCUAACAUGGCUUCCGCCAGAGAAGAAGCUGAACAGGUUAUGUACGGUGCUCUUGAUAAUCUUUUCGCUAAUACAAAGAUUAAGCCUAAAGAAAUUGGUAUACUUGUUGUUAAUUGUAGUUUGUUUAAUCCAACUCCGUCGCUUUCGGCGAUGAUUGUUAACAAGUAUAAACUAAGAGGGAAUAUAAGGAGUUUCAAUUUAGGUGGUAUGGGUUGUAGUGCAGGUGUUAUCGCUAUUGAUCUUGCCAAAGACAUGCUUCAGGUUCAUAGAAACACUUAUGCUGUUGUUGUUAGUACUGAGAAUAUUACUCAGAAUUGGUAUUUCGGUAAUAAGAAAUCUAUGUUGAUACCUAAUUGUUUGUUUCGUGUUGGGGGUGCCGCGGUUCUGCUUUCGAACAAAGGCUGUGAUAAAAGGAGGGCUAAGUAUAAGCUUGUUCAUGUCGUGAGAACUCAUAAAGGUGCGGACGAUAAAGCGUUUAAGUGUGUGUAUCAAGAGCAGGACGAUGUUGGUAAAACUGGUGUUUCUUUGUCGAAAGAUCUUAUGGCGAUUGCGGGUGGAGCGCUUAAGACUAAUAUAACGACUUUGGGUCCGCUUGUGUUACCGGUUAGCGAACAGCUUUUGUUUUUUACUACCUUGGUUGUUAAGAAACUUUUUAAUGCGAAGGCGAAGCCUUAUAUACCUGAUUUUAAACUUGCUUUCGAGCAUUUUUGUAUACAUGCUGGUGGGAGAGCUGUGAUCGAUGAGCUUGAGAAGAAUUUACAGCUUUUGCCUAAUCAUGUUGAGGCGUCGAGGAUGACUUUGCAUAGAUUUGGGAACACUUCGUCGAGUUCAAUUUGGUAUGAGUUGGCUUAUAUAGAAGCGAAAGGGAGGAUGAGAAAAGGGAACAGAAUUUGGCAGAUUGCAUUUGGGAGUGGUUUUAAGUGUAACAGUGCAGUGUGGCAGGCUAUGAAACAUGUGAAAGCUUCACCUAUGAGUCCAUGGGAAGAUUGCAUUGAUAGGUACCCAGUUGAGAUUGUUACAUAGUUUGAUUUGAUAGUUGUUCUAGUUUUAUGAGUCAAUAUCAGUUAGAGAAGAGUCUUUGCACAUUUUUAUGAUCUUCAUUUGUUUUUGUUUCCUAAAAAUUUAUUGUUGGGUCAGUGAUGUUGUCUGGUUUAGAUGUCAGUGUUACUUGGUCCAUGUUAGUUGCUUGAGUUCUAGUUACUCUUAUUCAACCAUUAUCUUGAGUAAGUAAUUAAUUAUUUAUGCAGAUUAGUAGUGUCCAUAUUAUUGAGUAUUAA